AUGGAUCAAAUGAUGGGAGGAGGCGACGGCGGUAUCGUCGGCCAAGCGGGGUUUCCUCUGGAGACCUGGUUUUGGGAAAUGCCUCUAUGCACACGAUGGUGGACUACAGCUACAGUACUUACGAGCGCCCUCGUACAAUGUCAAAUCGUUACGCCAUUCAAGUUGUUUUAUAGCUACCGAGCAGUCUUCCACCAACACCAAUUCUGGCGAUUGCUCACUACCUUCCUCUACUUCGGACCACUGUCCCUUGAUCUCGUUUUCCAUGUCUUUUUCCUCCAACGAUAUUCGCGAUUGCUCGAAGAAUCAGCCGGUCGAUCGCCAGCCCACUUCUCUUGGCUCCUACUUUACGCUACUACAUGUUUGAUAUGUAUGUCACCAUUAGUAUCCAUGCCGUUUCUUGGACACCCUCUAUCGUCCACGCUCGUCUACAUAUGGUCCAGGAGGAAUCCGGAGACGAGAUUGAGCUUCUUAGGCCUGUUGGUCUUCACCGCGCCAUACCUUCCGUGGGUCUUGAUGGGAUUCAGUUUGAUCGUACAUGGAGUGAUUCCUAAAGACGAGAUUAUGGGAGUCAUCAUCGGCCACGUGUGGUACUUUUUUUGCGAUGUAUAUCCGCCACUCCACAACGGCUCCCGACCAUUUGACCCUCCCAUGUGGUGGAGGCGUCUAUUUGACGGUGCACCAACACAAAACAUCGAUUCUGAUGGGGUCUUACACAAUGUUCCUGUUGGAGGCGCGGCGGCAGCAGCGCCUGAAGUACGAUAA